CCCCACAGAGCCCUGCCCCUUGCUGACAACAGCGUGUUAGGCUGUGAGGCUGAGUCGUAGCCGGGAAGGAGACGCUGCCCUUUUGAAGCCAUGGAACGCCGAUGCACGGGAGGCAAUCUUUCAAAUAAGACUGACUGUAGGAGCCUGCCUAAGGAGAGCUGGGUCUCUUGGUGAACUUCUUGGCCGAGGUUGUUCCUCACAGCGUCUUCCAGCACAUGCCUAGAACUUCUGUCAAAAAUGGCAUUUCAGAGAACUGAGGGGAUGUCCAUUAUUCAGGCUCUGGCGAUGACUGUCGCAGAGAUACCGGUAUUCCUUUACACAACGUUUGGUCAGUCUGCCUUUUCUCAGCUGAGGCUAACUCCAGGCCUGCGUAAGGUACUGUUCGCCACAGCGCUUGGGACGGUUGCCUUGGCUCUUGCAGCACACCAGCUGAAGCGUCGUCGUCGUCGUAAGAAGCAGAUUGCCCCAGAGAAGGCAGGGGCGAAGCCCACAGGUGUCCCCGUUCCCAUCUUGCCAACGAGACGGGUCCCCUCCGUCAAGAAAGGUUACUCCAAUAAGCGAGUGCAGAGCCCAAGCAGCAAAAGCAAUGACACACUCAGUGGGAUUUCCUCCAUCGAGCCCAGCAAGCACUCCAGCUCUUCCCACAGCCUUGCUUCAAUAGUGGUGGCCAACUCUUCCAGCCCAACUCCAGCGUCAGCAGGACCCUGGGAGACACAACCCAUAGAAGAUCCAGGAGCUGCAGGAGACUGUAGUGCAGAAAACCUCUACUUCCAAGGGAUGGAGCUGUUUGAAGAAGCCCUGCAGAAGUGGGAACAGGCUCUGACUGCCAGGCAGAGGGACCACACCAGCCCCUCCAUCACCUGGGAAAGCCGUAAAGAACAGGAGUUACUGCCAGAGGAUCUCUUGGAGCAGGAAUCCCAGAAAAUAGAGUUUGCAGAGAAGCUGGAAUCCCUCUUGCAUCGGGCGUAUAACCUCCAGGAAGAAUUUGGUUCCACCCUCCCUGCUGACAGCAUGCUGCUAGACCUGGAGAGAACACUCAUGUUCCCACUGACAGAGGAGUCUCUAAGACUCCGGGCUGACGAUGAUGAUGAAAACAGCUUGACCUCUGAGGAUUCCUUCUUCUCUGCUGCUGAGCUCUUUGACUCUUUUCAAAUUGGGGAGGCUCCCUUCCAGCUCUCCAAGCCGGUUGCGGCGUAUGAAGAAGCUUUGCAGUUGGUAAAGGAUGGACAGGUGUUAUGCAGGACUUUCCGGACAGAGCUUUUGGGCUGCUAUAAUAACCAUGACUUCCUGGCAAAGCUCCACUGUGUCAGACAAGCCUUUCAGGAACUUCUUCAGGAUGACAGAAACCAGUCCUUUUUUGGGGAGGUGGGGAAGCGGAUGGUGAUGGGGUUGAUGGUCAAGGCUGAAAAGAACACCAAGGGCUUCCUAGAAAGCUAUGCUGAGAUGCUUCAAUAUACGCUGAGGCAGGAGACCUGGCCCACAACUCAGAAGGAGUUGGAAGGACGAGGGGUGGUCUGCAUGAGCUUCUUCGAUAUUGUGUUGGAUUUCAUCCUUAUGGAUGCCUUUGAGGACCUGGAGAACCCCCCUUCCUCGGUGCUGGCUGUCCUGCGGAACCGCUGGCUCUCGGACAGCUUCAAGGAGACGGCUCUCGCCACUGCCUGCUGGUCGGUUCUGAAAGCUAAGAGGCGGCUUCUGUUGGUCCCAGACGGCUUCAUAUCCCAUUUCUACUCCGUAUCGGAGCAUGUCAGCCCUGUUCUUGCCUUUGGUUUCUUGGGGCCAAAGGAGCAGCUCUCUGAGGUUUGCUGCUUCUUCAAGCACCAGAUCCUGCAAUAUUUAAAAGACAUGUUUGACCUAGACAUUGUGAGAUACUCCACAGUCCCAUUGCUAGCAGAAGACAUCCUCCAACUCUCUCGGCGCCGCAGUGAGAUCCUGCUGGGUUACUUGGGGGUUGAGACCAUCCCGGAGGUGAAUGGGACUCUGCCCAGUGACAUUGUACCCUUUGAGGAAUUCAACUGAAGCUUGUCCAGGCAACAAGCAUAUUCUCUUCUAAUAGAUUCUCCUACCCCCACCAUCCAGCUGUCCAUCCCAACCAAGUGGCUUAAUCAUUGGCAGCAAAGACACUAUUCCGUCCCAACAGUGAGUCAGGGUAUUAGCCACCGCCCCAGAUGUUCCUUGUUGGAUUCAGAGGUUUGGCAAGGGGCAUUCAAGGGCACUCAGUGAACCUGUUUCUGGCUCAUCUGUUGGUCCUGUUUCUUAAAAAUAUUUUUUAGCCCUAGCAUAAAAUGUGAAACACAUACCAGGGCCUGAGCCACCCCCCUCCAACUCCCCCUCCCAAGCCUGCAAGGUAUGUGUAUGGGGGUGUAGUGCACAAGAACACUUUCCCUUCCUUUUAAAAUGUGUGAAUGGAUUCCUAAUGAAAUUGGGGAAGAGAAAAUAAUUGAUUUGUUUUGCUGUGUCUAUAUGUUUGUUAAGGUUUGUGACUUUGUAAAAACCUUAACAGUUCUGGUGUGAAGUAUGAGGAUAGCAGAUUUCUGUCUCUCUGUGCUGUGCUGUCUUUGCAGCUGCAUUUCACUAGAUCAUGAAUUUUAAAAUGCCAUCAUAGUAUUUCCUGUGACAGUGUGCCCCCUUCCAUUUCCUCUAUCUCUCUGUGUGGGCAGUAUCCUCUUGUUUGUUUUAUUUUUUACUGAGCACAAUGGCAAUG